AUGGAUAAUAUUUCGGAGCAACGCGCGUGUAUUAAAUUUUGUUUCAAAAUUGGUAAAAAUGCUACGGAAUGUUUUGAAUUAAUAAAAUUGGCUUUUGGAGAUAUUGCACUAAGCCGUUGUGUAACUUUUGACUGGUUCAAACGUUUUAAAGAAGGUCGUAUAUCCAUUGAAGAUGACCAUCGUCCUGGGCGUCCAUCAACAUCAAAAACAAAUGAUAUCAUUUCUCUAGUUCGAGACAAAAUUAGAUCCGACCGAAGAUUAACUGUCAGAGAAGUAGCUAAUGAAAUUGGCAUAUCAAUUGGUACUUGUCAUUCAAUUUUAUCAGAUGAAUUGGGUAUGAAAAGAGUGUCCGCAAAAUUAGUGCCAAAAUUGUUAACCGAGGAGCAAAUGGAACAUCGCAUUGAAGUGUGUUUGGAUCUAAAAAAUCGGGUUUCUAAUGACCCAAGUUUUAUCAAAUCAAUAAUUACGGGCGAUGAAACAUGGGUGUAUGGAUAUGAUCCCGAAACCAAGGUCCAAUCAUCGCAAUGGAAGACCGCAAAUUCACCUCGUCCAAAAAAAUGUCGUCAGGUCCGGUCAAACAUCAAAGCAAUGCUCAUAGUUUUUUUUGAUUUUUUUGGUUUAGUUCAUUAUGAGUUUGCACCUACAGGUCAGACAAUAAAUCAAGUGUUCUAUAAACAAGUAUUAGAAAGAUUAAGAGAGAAAGUGCGCCGUAAAAGACCAGAAGCGUGGAAAUCAAAGUCGUGGUUUUUGCACCACGACAAUGCACCGGCGCAUUCUGCACUUUCCGCACGUGAAUUUUUGACAUCUAAAAAUAUACCAGUGGUACCUCAUCCACCAUAUUCACCCGACUUAGCUCCCUGUGAUUUUUUUUUUGUUUCCGAGACUGAAAAGUACCCUCAAAGGCCACAGAUUUGA